AUGAACUAUGAUUCAAGUUCUUCUAGUUCAGGUUCUGAGUUUUUUAAUUACAUGGUUCAAGAUUACAUAGAAUGGAGUCAGUCCGUUGAUGCUGAGCAACAAAAUGAAGAAGAAAUUGUACCCCGCACUAGAAAUUUUGUGCGUAGGGAACGUGUAACAAUUCAAGAUGCUAAAUUCUUUGUGCAAAAACCAGAUGCUACUGGAAGGAUGGGUGCAUCUAAACUACAAAAAUGCACAGCGGCUAUCAGGAUGUUGGCAUAUGGUUCAUCAUCUGAUGCUGUUGACGAGUACCUGAAAAUUGCUUCAAGUACUGCUAGAGAGUGCCUUCUUCAUUUUGUCGAAGCGGUUGUUGCUAGAUUUGGAGAUGAAUACUUGAGGAAGGCAAAUGCAAAUGACAUUGAGCGUCUCCUACAUGAAGGCGAGCAUCGUGGCUUCCCAGGCAUGAUGGGAAGCAUUGAUUGCAUGCACUGGAACUGGAAGAAUUGUCCUCGGGGUUGGAAAGGAAUGUAUCAAGGAAGAAGCAAAACAUCAACCAUAAUCUUAGAAGCGGUUGCUUCAAGUGACUUAUGGAUAUGGCAUGCUUUUUUGGCACCCCGGGUUCAUGCAAUGAUAUAA